AUGGAGGAAUUGAAAAAUGGCUUCGCUAUGAACGUGGGCGAAUGGAAUUCUUCGGCAUUUGCAAGAUUGAGAAAGUUUAGGAUGCUGUGGGCCUUCGUGGUGCUGAUCCUCCCUUGGCUCGCCUCUUCGCAAGACAACUACCCACAAUUCCAGUCGGACAUGCGCAAUGAACAGCUCAAGCACGAACCGACGUACCUGGUGCUGGCCUCUAAGAUGGUGCGCCCGGGCCAAGUGUACCGCGUGACGGUGAGCGUGCUGCGCACCAAGCUGCCCAUCACAGUGCGCGCCUCCAUCCAGAGAGACGGCGUAGAGCUCACCACCGCGCUGCAGGAGGUCAAGCAGGGCAUCCCGGAGACGCUGCUGCUCAAGGUUCCGACGACGAGCGUGCCCGGCGCGUACAAGCUGCGCGUGGAGGGGAACGUGAACGGGGUGCUGGGCGGCACCGCCUUCAUCAACGAGACGUUGCUCACGUUCUCCCAGCGGUCGAUGACCAUCUUCGUGCAGACAGACAGACCCGUCUACAAGCAGGGACAGACAGUCCGGUUCCGCGCCCUGCCCAUCACGACCGGACUGAAGGCUUUCCCGGACGCCGUGGACCUCUACAUGCUGGACCCCAACAAGAUCAUCGCCAGGAGGUGGCUAUCCAGGCAGACCAACCUAGGCGCCGUCAGCUUGGAGUAUCCUCUCUCCCUGCAGCCGGUGUACGGGAAAUGGACCAUUCAAGUGGUGGCGCAGGGUCAAGUAGAAGAACAGAAUUUCCUGGUAGAGGAAUAUUAUCAGACGCGCUUCGAAGUGAACGUGACGAUGCCCUCCUUCUUCAAAGACGUCGAGCAGUACGUCUACGGGACUGUCGAAGCCAAGUGA